UUCAUGAGAUAUCUGUCGAAUUAGAGGAGUCACCAGAAACAUGUCGGAUGUCAGUGAAUGAUCUCUCAGGGAUGGUUGCUUCUCUGCCCAGCAUUAUCGAUGAAAAUUUGAUAACGAAGGUUAUUGAAACUAUACAUCAGACAGUCAGUAGGACACGAAGGGCAAUUGGAAUGCGAACCUGUCUUGAAGUUCUUUUGCAGCCACAUGUUCAGAGAUUAGACUUGAGUGGACUUUUCUUCAACAUGAGACUUCCUGGUAACACAAAUUUUGUCAUAAGGAAUGUAGUGAGUGAACGCAUUGGAAAAAUGAAGAAUUUGACAGUUUUAAAUAUGGUGAGCAAGUGCAAUGAUGAAAUCUUGAAUAUCAUCAGCAAACAGUGCCCUUGUAUUUUGGAGGUUAUUGUGUCUAUAUCUGACCUUGUCACAGAUGCAGGUCUGAUAGACCUAGUGAAUGGUUGCCCCAAGCUAGAAAAACUGGGGAUAUACAAAUGUUGGGAAGUGACUUCAGAAGGCAUUGCAUAUACAUUGCUACAUGGCCACAACCUUGAAAAGCUGCAGUGUGAUCAGUUAGGAGCUGUUAUGAUAAGCAAGCUAAGAAGAUCUGAUACUACUUUUAAGCUAACACACUUUGAACAAACUCACUCACUGUUUGAACCACAGGAGGAUGAUAUUGCAUGGGUUGGACGUGUUUGUAAAAAUUUAGAGUCGGCAAGUUUGUUUGUUGAUGAUGAAAGUUUGGCUUUAGUGCCACAGUUAGGACCAAUCAAAACUUUAGAAAUUGAAACAUCAGCUGUAUUAGGGGAUGGAUUCCUAACUGCAAUAACCAGACUGGGUGAAUCUCUCUCAAUCCUCCAGUUGAAUUGUGAUGAAGUUAAUCAAAAAAAGAUUGUGCUUUUGGGAAGCCAUUGCCCUCACCUGAAUACUUUGCACAUCAGCACAGCCACAGUAGAAGGGGAUGAACUUCUGGUGAAUCCUGGGAAUCUUUUUUCAUCUUUAACUUCAUUGCAUUUGCAAGUAUGGAAAGAAGCAGUUAUAAGCAGUGAAUGUGUUGACUUCUUUUUGUUAUGGUGCCAUAAAUUGGAAUCAAUUGUACUUAAAGCUGAAGUUGAGUUUUUCACUGACCAAUAUCUUGAAAAAAUUUUAGCAUCAAAUCCAUUGAAAGACACAAAAAGAAUCAUAUUUGCUUCAGAUAAACAUGUUCCAUUGACUCUAAAAAGUGUCCACAGACUUGUAGAGUCUUGUCCAAAUCUUGAGUACCUUGGUGUGUCUUCUUGGGAUGUAGCUGAAGAAGAAUUUUUUCAAAUUCGUGAUCAUAUCAAAAAGAACAAUUAUAAUCUUACCAUCUUGUAGCAUUGUUCAACAUGAAGAGCAUAUCGAUGAAUGGAUGUGCAUAAAGUAUUGUUAUGUUCAUUAUUAAGAUAUCUGCCUUUUGAUGUGUACAGCAGUAAGUAGAGAGUGAUAAUUUCUGUUAUAUGUACAGCAUUAGAAAGCUGCUGUUGAAUUUUAAUGUACAACAAUUAAGUGUCUAGAAUAUGGUCUAUUUCUUAUGAAUAUUUUUUAAUUGCAUGGACUUUACAUUGUGAGCAUUGAAGGCUGUUUGGGUGCCCUGUAUAUUGGGUUUGAUACUAUUUUAAGAAGAGUAGAAUAUAACACACAAGAAAGCAAAUUUGUUCCUGCACAUGUACAAGCCCUCAGUCUUUACAUAUGAGAUUUACUGUCAGUGCGAACUGGAGGUAAGCAUUUAACUUAAAACAAGGUGGAUAUAUUGGUAGUUGGCUAUCAGCAGAAGGUAAGGAAACCCUCCCGUCCAGAUGCCACGCAACCAUUUACUUAUUGUAUGCUGGAAGUAAACCCUCUUUUAAACAUGUUUUAUUAAAAGUGAUUGCUGCCUCAGCUACAUUAAUUUUAUACAGGUUCUUCUCUAUUUUUCUAAUUAUUGCUUUCUCAUUGUUGCUUAAACUGGUGAGCAACGCACCGAAGGUUGACAUAUCUCAAUUAGGUAGAACGAUUGGAUUUUAUUGGUAAAAAUUUCAGUUGGGGUAGUCAAAUUUUCGGGUGUAUCCCGUAGAGUUUAUUACAGAUAGAAUUGAUGUUAAAUUCUAUUUCUUUUCUAUUCUUUCUAUUCUUUCCGGACGUUUUGUCUGAGUAAACCCCAGACAUCCUCUUGGACGGAGGUGGGUGAAGGACUGAAGUGAGAAGGUCAGUCCAGCUGAGACAGACUCAUCUCUUCUGCUGCCUGCCAUUUGGCUUAAUUCUUUAUUAUUCUUUUCAUUUUUUAUGAUAAUUUUUGUUCUGAGAUAUAGUGCCCAUAUAUUGAAAUAAUGCAACAAAUUCUUUUCCAUUCCUAAUUUUUGUUUUGUUUUUGCUCUUUUCUUGCUGCUUAGUUAUUCCUAUUCAUUUAUACUACUUAGCUGUUUCCAACUAGUUUUAGCCUAUCUACCUUUCUGUUUAUUCCCUCUCUAUUUUGGUUUUGCCAAUUUAAUGUAACACAAAUCCAGAUUGUUCUUAGCCUUUGUGUUUGUUCUGUUAUAUCUUUUUUUUUUUUUACUAUGCAUCCAAGGAGAGAGGCCUGUCUCUCACCACCAACUAUUCUAUUUUUAGUCUUCUCAACCUCAUCAUUUUUCUGUUUGUUAUGAAAUUCUUUUACCUGUGAAUAGGUAGAGAUUUUGUAAGUGCAACUUACCAAGUAAUUACAUAGCUUUGGUUCCAUAACCUACGGAAGCUCAAAAUUAAAAUUCACGCUGUGGCACUUCUUUCGUGUGCGUAUGUAGGUGAAUAGGACCUGCCCACUAUCCGGGACUUUGGGAAACAAACUAUCAAAGAGCUUCAUUCGUUUCCUGCCAGCUUCCAGUCAAUAUCAGUAGUUUUCUGCAGCGACUUCAUUGGGGUUUUUGGAUGUUUUGUUGGUCGAUACUUGGUGAAGUAUUUGAGAUUUGUUGUGGCUUUCUUUCAUUAGCCAAUUAUCCUGUUGGAUAGUUUAGUAACUAUUUCAUUUCAAGAUGCCAGAUACUAGUUCAUCUAGCAUUCACUUUUAUUCAGCAGGCUGUAAGACUAGACUGACUAAAUUGACUUAUGACUCAGACACAAUGUAGGGGACAAGAGUGCAGUAGAGACAAUACUUGUCGUGAGUGUCAAGAUUGGAAAGACAAAAGAUGGAAGACUUUAAAAUCUCACCUUUAAUGACUUGAUGGGGACAGGAAAAGGAAGGCAGCCCUUAGGACUGAGAAUAGGGCCAUGUUACGGCCUCUGAGAGAGAGGUCCGCUUCAGGUUCGAUAUGAAAUAAAUAAAAGAAAAAUAUUUCAACACCAACAGUUGAAACUGGGGAUACGAAUAUAGAAAGAAACACUAACACAACAAAGGUUUAUUUACAAGGUUACCAACAAAGGUAAAUGCAGAAUGGUAUCUCCUAUUUACAUAAAAAGGCAAAAUCUUACACUGCAUGAACUGGGGGAUCAGUGAGGUAAUUCAAAUACUUGCUGGCUGGUUUAGUGACUCGAAGCGAUGACUUCACAAAAGGAGAACUGCGAUUGCAGGUGUCUACUAGACUCCGUAUUGCAGAAAAUAAUGUCUACUCUUGAUACUUGAAAGGCAGGAACUCCCCAAAACCUCUAGCAGGACAUUUUCUUCUCUGAAGUCUGCUCAAUGUCGAGAUAACUCGGUCGUCCACUCCUGAAGACGACUAGACCAGAAUCCAACCAACUCUCGAGCAACUUUUCUUCUGAUCCUUCAUCGGUUCCUUUUUCUCUUAUCUCUCUCGGAUGAUCUCUGCUGCUGCUGAUCUCUCACUGAUAAUCUGAUCUGUCUCUCUUACUAAUGAUCUCUGUGAUUAACUGAUGAUCUCUGCUUCCUCCUGCUUCCUCCUACUUCGUCCGUCGUAAUUAUACGGCACUCUGGGGGCGGAGCUUACGGCGAACGUCACAGACUCCCCGAGACUACCGGAACUUCUUAGAUGA